AUGGAUCGUACCAAUAAAUUGGAAUGUCGCCACUACUCUGUUGCACUACUGAUAGAAAUUGGCUGUGAUAUGGCUCUGGGCUCUGGGUCUCAACGAAAAAGAUCAAGUGAUAUCGAAGAUAUCAUUUUGAAAAUCAAUAAAAAAUUCAUCUAUCGAAUCAAAUUGUUCCUGUGUGGAAGAAAGUUGCCUAAAAUGGUGGCCAUCCAAGUGACUGGGCCUAGCCGAUUGGCUCAGAAAUGCAAUGCAUUGACCAUUCGAUUUUCGGUAUUGGCAGAGAAAUCAGAAGAUCAACGCAAAACUUAUAUCAAUUUGGAGCAAUUUAUGCGGAAUCUUACCAGGCAACCUGGAGCCAGGGCAAUGUUUUAUUGUGAUAUAUUGGGUCAACCGAUACCCCAGUUUCAGUGGUUCAAAGAUGGAAAACUACUCACCGAACAACCGAAUAGAAUUCGAAUUGAAACCGGUCUUUGGGGCAGUUCACUCCGUGUAGAAAAAAUCGAUCAGUCCGAUGAAGGAACGUAUGUAUGCGUGGCAAGAAAUCCAGCAGGAAAUGUCAAUGCGACCGCCUUCCUGUGGGUUACGGAAAAAAGCAAAACGGGGACAAAUACCAAAGUACGAGCCGAGGAUGAAUCCAUGUUCAAUCCACCUCCAUCGGAAGCGGACGGAUUCUGUCAGGAGUUUCACAGUAACGUUUGUGGCAAAUACUUGUUCGGACAUCGCGUAUUCGUUACUCGUGAAUUUCAGCAAGCGCUUAUUGAAUCACAAAUUUCUAAAUUUCUCAAGUUGACUGCCACGCAACCAAUGCAUCGUAUACGAGAGGAUUGUUUGAGGAAUAUGAUGGAAGCUAUGUGUUACUACAACUUUCCUGUCUGUCUGCCAGUUGGUACAUCUGCUUCCAACACCGACAGUCGCCCGGUAGAAAAUGAGAUUGAAUAUCGUGCACAUUAUCUGUGCCGACAAGAUUGUCACAUGAUCAAACAGAACGAGUGCAGUAUGACUUACAAAUACCUGGAGCGCACAAUGCUUCAAGAACUACCCAGUAUGAUUAUGAAUUGCGCUCGACUUCCACUGUACUCUGCUGAGUAUCCAACUGCUUGUCGUCGUAUUGGUCAACCAUUGCCGGUGCUUGUUCAAGAUGCUGUCCCCAUCGCCGGAGCUCCGGAAGAUCAUGUCCCAGUAGCCGAUCGUAUUUACCGGAAUAAGUUGUUAGACGGGGAUACGGGAAAGACGGACGACCUGAUGGAUCCCCAUGGAGAUGUUGCGUUCAAACCGAAAUCGGAUUCUCGAGGUCAGGCGGAUAUGACCAACGGACCAGAUCUUGUACCCCUGUUCGUGUCGGUUGGAGUUAUGUUUGUUGUGGGUUUCAUGCUGCUAGCUAUUUGCUUCUUGUGUCGCCGUAAUUGGGAUCGAUCGCCUCGUCUUCAAGCUGAUGGAUCUAGUCUACUGGGCCGAGGUCGCGGUACCGGUUCUGGAUUCGGUCGACUGAAUGGAGGUGGACCGUGCGGUGGAGGUCGGAAUGAAAACGGAAGUGGCUCGGUGCCCGUCCGUGGGCAAGGGGUCGGUGCGGCCACGGAUUCAGGGACUAAUAAGAAGAGACGUGUACCUGGCAUGGGAUCUGGAGUUAAAGGAACAAAGAAUGGGAGAUUACUGACUAGUCUGGAUGACGGUUAUAUGGUCGCUUAUACGCCGGGGACUAAUCACGUAUUUGCGCAUUCAGAUUCCUCUAAUAACCUCAACGGAACAAGCACAAAUAAUGGUCCACACAGUAUCUCCUCCGGGCAUAACAGUCAAGUAGCCGAUCAAAAUUCACAUAAUCUAAAAACGAGCUCAAUGCCUACAUACCACCAAUAUCAACCAACCAAUUAUGGCUCCGGUUCGGCGGGAACAGGGCCGUCUGCAGUGGGAGUUCCCCUACCAUUGCCCCCACCAAACGCCCCAGCUCCACCACCACCAAAUCCCCUGUCGAUGGGGGCUUUGUCCCCGGGAAACGGUCUGUCUCACCUUCCUCACUCCUCGGUCGGGACUAGUCAAGAAAGUUGUUUAGGCGCUAAUGGAGUUCACAUGAUCAACGCGCACGGUUCCUCCGGAAUGACACAACUCGGUGCGGAUUUUCACAUGGAUAUGGGUAUGCCAUAUGAGGCUAAUGUGGUAGUCACGGCCGAUAGUCCCACGGCCUAUACAACAUUGCGUAACUCUAGUCCUAAUGGAUUUCUUGUUAAUGGACCCCAAAUUCCGUAUACUGUAAAUGAAGAACGACCUACUCGGGCAACUGAAUACCCUAUUUCGCAACUCAGAUUUGGAAAACAGUUCGGCCAGGGAGUGUUUGGGCCGGUCUACAAGGCAGAACUGUUGCCAAAUAACACCUAUGAGAACGGUCAUCCGAUAUCAGUAGUUGUGAAAACCUUAUCUGCCGGCUCACCCGCGUCGUUGCAAGCUGAUUUUCGCCGCGAAUCUGAUCUGAUUGCAGAGUUGGAUCAUCCAAAUUUACUCAGUUUGCUGGGAGUUAGUCUACAGCACCCCCCGUGGUGUAUGAUUUUCGAAGUGCGUCAGUAUGUGGAUCUAUGCGAGUUGCUAGCUUCAAGACGUGCCACAAAUGCGUCAGAUCCGACCAGUUCACCAUUGACAGAAACAGAAAAGUUACACGUUGUCGCUCAAGUUGCUGCCGGAAUGGAUUAUCUAUCUAGCCAUCGAUUUGUUCACCGAGACCUGGCUGCAAGAAAUGUGCUUAUCGUGAACGAUCAAUUAUUUUGCAAGAUUACUGAUCUUGGUCUGGCUCGGGAUUGUUAUGCAAAUGAUUAUUAUCGUCUGCACCCGCACAGUCUGAUGUUACCCAUUCGAUGGAUGCCUCUAGAUUCUAUUAUUUAUGGAAAAUUUACUGUGGAAUCAGACAUUUGGGCUUACGGAGUACUUAUGUGGGAAGUUUGGUCUGGUGGAAUGCGACCCUAUGCAACCUAUUCCGAUUCGGAUGUACUCGAUCUAAUCCGUGCACGACAGUUACUCUCAAGGCCCACGAACUGUCCGGCAAAAGUCUAUGCAUUCAUGAACAGUUGCUGGCACGACGAAUCUGAACGUAGACCCACUUUCAAGGAUUGUUUGAAUCAAAUCUCCCAGUGGCAGUGCGACUUGGCUCUAACCGGAGGUCAUCCGAAUUGUGAAACGCUAACCUACUCCAGUCCAAGCGAUUCUACCGGGUCCAGAUCAGGUCGCAUCCCUGAAGGUCCGCCCAACAUGGGUCUGGGAUCGGAUCACAACAUGCCCAAUGCAGAUCGCUACAUGCUUUCAAACGGUUACGUACCAGUGGAUUGUACAAAAAUCAGUUCGGAAAACCCCGAACAAUUUUCUCCCCAUACAUCAACCUGGUGUGAUCAAUACACGGUGGAUGCCGAUUGUCAUGCAGUCAAUUAUCCCGGUGGAUCUGUGGAUGCAUUCUCCCCCGGUUUGGCCCAUCUGAGCCCAGAUGGUGCCAGUGCUAACGGAAAACUUCAGUCCGUACCACAUUUACCGACAAUCAAUAAGGCAUGUCCGGUCAGCCGGUACGACGCUCAAGCAACAAAUUCGGCACUAGGUAUGCGUCUAUUACCGAAUACUACAACUAUGUGUAUCCCGACCGCAGAUCCCGUCAUUUAA